GUAGUGUCUGACAAUAAGACGCACAUACACAGAAGUGGCCAUUGUUCUGAACAGCACCCGGCAGCGAAAGGGUGGUGCCGCACACCACGUGACCGUCCUCCUCCCAGACACAAACACUGGGGCGUGGUCUCCUCCCGGCUGGCAGUGACGUCACGCCGUGUCUGUGAGCGCUGGGAUCAGUAAUGGCGGCCGUUAUCUUGGCGGAGCGCAGCGGAGAGAGAGGCUGACCGGCCCCGGGGGAAGGGGGGAGAGCGAACAGCGGCCGGGGCUCCGGGUCACACCGAGGAGGGCGGAGAUAGAAGCCAUUGUACAGAGCCCUGUGAGGUGUCAGCGGAGGAGGCCCCGUGUAAGCUGUAGAGAGGAGACGGUAUAGGGGGGCGACAUGGGCAACUGCCUAAAGUCACCGACAUCGGACGAUAUAUCACUGCUGCACGAGUCGCAGUCUGAUCGGGCGAGUUAUGGGGAUGGCAAUGACGGGGACCAGGAGCCGCCGCCCCCAUACCAGGAGCAGGCUCCAGUGCCCGUGUAUCACCCCACACCAAGCCAGACCCGUCUAGCUACUCAGCUAACAGAAGAGGAACAGAUCAGAAUAGCGCAACGAAUAGGUCUGAUUCAGCACCUGCCCAAGGGAGUGUAUGAUCCCGGGAGAGAUGGAUCAGAGAAGAAGAUUAGGGAGUGCGUGAUCUGUAUGAUGGACUUUGUGUAUGGCGACCCCAUACGAUUCCUACCCUGCAUGCACAUUUACCACAUGGACUGUAUAGACGACUGGCUAAUGCGUUCCUUCACUUGCCCUUCCUGCAUGGAGCCGGUCGACGCAGCACUGCUUUCCUCUUACGAGACUAACUGAGCCUCUCUCCUGGACGUCGCAAACAGGACAAGGCUGCUGACGGGGGGGGGGGGGGGGUUCAGCCCGUCUGAGCCCCAAGAUCCAAUAGAAGAAUGCACACAGGCCCUAGAACCCACAUAUCUGCUGGAAAACUAGAGCAAACACCGAAUAUCCUAUAUCGGAAAGAAUCUUCUUUUACCGCAGACUUUGCCACAAGAUCCAAGCAAGCAGCUCCCGUUCUACCGAAAAUGAUCAAUUCCUCUUGGAUCUUAACACGUGCUCAAGUAAUGAUGUCCUGUCUCUUUAAGUGUUCCUAUCCUUGGAUACAAGGCCUAACUAGUAAGGUGUAUGCUGAUCCUAAUUUUUUUUCCGGCCUUUACUUUCCACAAAUAUUCGGCACUUUCCACCCUUUCCCCUCCCCUGUAAUAACCGGUUAUGUUGUUCCAAGUGAGUUUGUGAAGGUUUGUGUCUGUCCGUGUAUGGGGGGGUGAAACCUUGUUCUGGACAUAAACUCAAUUAUCAGGCCCGGAACGGGCGCGAUCCACCCAGAACUGUCGGCUUAUCGUUUUCCGAUGUGGACGUUCACGAGAGGAGCUGCUCUUUUGCCCAAGUUUCGUCCGAACUUCUUGCUUAAAUCAUUGUAGAUACAUACUCUUCACCUUCAUGCUAUAUCUUUCAACAUAUAGUGAUGGGCCAGGGUGGGGAAGAAGACCUCAAUGCAGGCAAACUGUGGCCCUAGGGGGGUCCAGGGCACUGCCGUGCCAAAUCGGUUUGACGAAUUGUUGACUGGCGGACAAAGAACUGGCAACUCGACUAGUUUUAAACCUUUUGGCUCCCAGAAACGUCCGCGCCGGGCUUCUGGCUCCUCCUCGAGCGGAGGAAAUAUUUUGCACCUUUUAUUAUUAUAUUAUUAUUAUUAUAAUUAUUAUAUUAUUAUUUUUCUUUCCAUUGGAAAUGGAAUUUCCUUGGCCUUAGGUCUCUGUAAAGUGAAGUCUGAUAUUGCAGGACAGGCUCCUCCCACCUGUGCGGCGCUGCAGUUCUUCGUGUUGCAGAGGUUGAAUCAGACGGCGCUCGAUCCAUUACCGGGUGCAUUAACACACACGGGAUCAGAUUUUACCAGGCAAUUCUUAUGUAUUUUUGACGGGUUUGUAAAAUCAACUGCUGAUCCCCAAUUGCAGAUGCGGUGGGUGUAUAUACACCUAACCGAACAUUGACUGACUGAUUAUUUUUUUUUCUUCUUUUUCAGUUUUAAUUAUUUUUUUAUUUUUUUUCCACCAUGUAGGACACAAGUCGCAUAUUCCUGUUCUGUUUUGUGUUUAUUAACCCCUUUCCCUUCAGAGGGGACCCAGCCCCGCACGCUGACCUGGGCAGUCGCUGGCUCUGGAGGGAUUAACCUUCAUUUGUGUUAAAUUUAUGUUCAUGAUAUCACUACAGUGUAUGUUAUUUUCUUUCUUUUUCUUUUCUUUUUCUUUUGUUUAAAAAUCAAAGUGUAUUUUCAUCAGCCUUUCAAUGUGGUGUUGCUAGCUCAGCAUCAGAUUAAAGCUGUGUAUUCCGAAGGCCUAAAACCCUGACUUGGCUCUGCUUCAAAAACGCCUAAUACCCAGCACUGAAUAGUCCCUGUUCUCAGCAUUUCGGCUCCCAAAUCUGCAACUCGUGCUGAUGCGUCUGUUACAGUACAGUCCUGUCCGGUCAAUGAGAUGCCUUGUUUAUAUGUGACAUUUUUUACAGUGCGCUGAGGUCAUCCUGCAUUCUAGCUGCCUGGUGGGCUCCGCAGCUGUCAGAACUAUAAACUGUGGCUGGAUCACUUAGUAUAAUAUAUCACCAGUAGGACUGAUGGUUUAUUGUUCCAUACAGGAGAAUAAAACCUAUAAACAGC